UCGCACGGGGAGCCUUCGAGGACACUUAACGAGUCGUUUGGAAGAGCACGAAUCAGCAGCAACUGGCUUUGGCAAACGUCUCUCGGGUCCUACCUUCUCGCGCCGUUCGCCGGUUUCGUCCUCGUUUUCGCCACUGAAAUCGGUCGAGAUCAAUUGUCUGUGCUUUAGAGAGGCUCCGACCGCGCGGGUACGCGGAGAUUUCGCGGCACAUGGUGCUUCAAUCAGUGCGGUGCAUUGCUCGAACCCUCCUUUUCUUUUUCAUCGCACAUCUUUGACACGGAAUCUGGAAAAGAGAAGUCAGAAGUUCAUCUGCGUUUUCACGUCUACUUUCCGAUUGGACAAACCGGCACGGUUAGAAUACUUCACCGUGGACGCUAACACGGUAUGCGGUGGCGAAUCUUCAUUUUAGCCUGUCUCCUACUAAAGGGGCUGGCUCGAACGGAGGAUGUCGAGGUAGUCGAGGCAAUUCCCGGAGAGGACAGUCGUAACGAUAAUUCAGCCUUGAAUCGUCAAGACAACGACAUAAAUAGCUCGGACCAAUUGGCGUUAGAAUCGUUAGGCGAGAAGGAUGCCGGUGGUAAUCAUUAUAAACCGGGUGGUCUCCGAGGUCAUCCCCUCCCUCUCCCGCCAAGUCGAGGUGGACUGGGACUGCCACAUCCAAGACCGCACCAUAACGUCGCGUAUCAUGGUCCACCGCCACCCCUGCCGCCAUCGAAAGCGUCGUCGGAGGCCAUUGACAAGAUCUACACAACGGGUAGUGGGAUUAGCACAGCUGUAGGCGCAGAACCCUGGCCAGCACCCACGCCAGAUAUGCCGAAGAUCAUUUCGUUAGACGUGAAGUGCGAGAAAAAUCUAAUGAAAGUUUACCUCGGAUUUGAUAAACCGUUCUACGGUAUAGUCUUUAGCAAAGGCCACUACAGUAACGUUAAUUGUGUGCACUUACCAGCAGGCUUAGGGCGCACCUCGGUUAACUUCGAGAUUAGUAUUCACGCGUGUGGCACAGCUGGCAAUACAGAGAAUGGUUUAUACGGGUACGGCGCUGAAUCCGGGUCAGGAACGUACUUUGAAAACAUUAUCGUGGUGCAAUACGAUCCGCAAGUUCAGGAAGUUUGGGAUCAGGCGCGAAAGCUGCGAUGCACUUGGCACGACUUGUACGAGAAAUCUGUUACGUUCCGUCCGUUUCCAGUCGACAUGUUGGACGUGGUGCGCGCCGACUUUGCCGGCGAUAACGUUGGUUGCUGGAUGCAAAUACAGGUCGGGAAGGGUCCAUGGGCGUCCGAAGUCUCGGGACUGGUUAAAAUUGGUCAGACGAUGACGAUGGUACUCGCGAUAAAAGACGACGAUUCGAAAUUCGAUAUGCUCGUGAGAAACUGCAUGGCACACGACGGGAAACGAGCGCCGAUUCAACUGGUCGAUCAGAGAGGUUGCAUUACUAGACCGAAGCUUAUGUCGCGGUUCACUAAGAUUAAGAACUUUGGCGCGUCCGCGUCGGUUCUCUCCUACGCUCAUUUCCAAGCGUUCAAAUUCCCUGACUCGAUGGAAGUGCAUUUUCAAUGCACCAUACAGAUAUGUCGGUAUCAAUGUCCAGAGCAGUGCUCCGAAUCUCCUUUGUUGCUGGAGUCUCAAGGUCUUUUGGAGAAUCAUCAUCCUCCAUCUAGUGGACAUCCUGACUCCGGCUACGGUCUUCCGCCCCCUAUUCCGCUUCCUUUGGAAGCGUAUUUGCAGGCGGCUGCGGGACGUCCUCGAGACGAAAGACGAAGAAAAUCCCGAGAAAUAAUGCCGAGCCCUCAGAAGGCGGUCGGAGUCAAUCGUAUAAUACGAGUUGUUUCUACAGGUGACCUGACGUUUUCCAUCGAUGAGUCGAACAAUGGAGAAUCGAGCGGAUCGACGAUGAUCUUCCCUGUACGGAAUGAGAACACCGCGAACGCGGCUAUGAUUUGCAUGACUACUCCAGGUUUCGUCGUUACUCUCAUAGUACUGCUUGCCGUGUUAUUAUUCUCGUGUAUACUCUCCACCUACCUCUGUCUACGCCUAAGACCGUUCUCAGGAAAAGCUAGGAAGGCUGCGACGUACUAUAACGAAGAACAAAGCACGCCUAAAAAGUCAACCAGGACGUGUUUUUACUCAUAGGUACAAGCGGUCAUAGCAUUGUGAAACAUGUACAUUGUGAAACGUUAUGCUGUCGAUCGGCUUUACUUUUGCGUAGAGAAGCUUCGUAUCAAGCGGGUUUCUUCCUAGAGACUGGUUUGACGAUUUUCAUAGUGUUAAAUUAUUUAUUGAAGCAGGUAUAAAGCUAGAUACGCAUAUUAUUUAAUAUUUCGCUACGGGAACGCUCGAUAAAUCGGUUGCCGGAUAUUUUAUACCGCAAAGUGUACAAUUUCGUUCUGGUAACUUACUUGUUAGUUGUUAUUUCAUAUUUAUUCUCAGACCGAUCAAGAUUUAUAUUUAAUAUAUUGAAUGUCGCGCAAACCGGUCCUCUUGGUCGCGCCAUUACAGGUAUCGUAGAGGCUACAGAAUGUCGCAAGCACAAUUCUGUACAUCGACACGUAUCAGAUAGAAUAUUGUUUUUAUUAAAAUAAAUAGGAUGCUCUCUGCUACGUGUACAAUGUCUGUUCGAUCAGAACGGUCGACUAAUAUGGAUUUGUGCUUCGUCAUAACGAAACUUACGCUCAAGCCCUUGCUGGCGACUGUGUAUAGACACUCUGAAAAUUUAGUCAAAGAUAAUCAAACAUUUUGCCCUUGCAACUUCUUCGUUACAACCAUUUCGGGACCAUGGUAUCUGGGUAUUUCCUUUUUUUAAUUAAUCGUUACCCGUUACAUACGUAUUGACAAUAUGUAACUUGAUGCAACUAAGGCUGAAUUAUUACGAAAAAAUAGUCCAAAAAAUGUUUGUUUUUUAACAUUGUUGACGAUAUUACUGUUUUAAUAUUAUUUAUUUAUUAGAUAAUAACGUUUCAAAUGUUUGCGGCUUUAUAUGCUGUAUCUUGUGUAUUUGUAACGGUGUAAGAGCCAGUCACUAUUAUGAAACUAUUAAAAAAUCUGCUAUCUCGAGUUGAAUAAUUCUAUGUAUAAGUUAACAAUAAAUACGAAAUGUUUCGCUUCAGUGAAGCGAACACUUUUAUACGUUAGUUUAUGUAUGCACGCGUUGCCAUGUAACGGAGUUUCUUCUUUUAACUAAAUAGAGUACGUAUCUUUAUUUAAAACAUCGUAUUAGCAAUUAUAGUAAAACGUCGAUUAUUUUCCAGUAAAUGAUUUUGCGCAUAAUCGGCUUAACGGAAUUAAAAUUUCAA